AUGAAAACCAGUGAAACGAGCUUAUCGCAGACGUUAGUCUGUGUGAAACAAGUGAAACAAGGAGCAGUUGAAGAAUGGGAUGAGGAGAUGCCGUUACCGGGAGACAUCAUCGAAGGAAUUGCUGCAUCAGAUGGUUGUACUUUCGAUAACGUUGAGGAUAAGUUGUUUGUACCCACAAAAGGGAAGUCGGAGGUUAAGUCGUUACUGGGAAGAAUUAAUAAAAGAAACGCUGAUGGUUUCGUUUGGUUGAAAGUUAGAAGGGGCGAUCAAACCGUGAAUCUGCGUGUUUGUAUCGUGCAAGAAAAGCGUUUAUUGCAUCGAAAGUUUAGUUUUCGAGCCGUUUCUAAUGAUAAACAUGUUGCCGUUUUGGACGAUUUGGAUUUUGAUCAAUGCACUGAACUUCAAGAGAGGAGUCGAAGAGCGGUGAGCGUGGUGUCACGAGGGUUUAACCAAGAGGCGGUAAAGUACGAUUGGCGGAGGAAGGUGGCUACUUAUCUGCCGGAUCAUCAGUCUACAGUCGUUAAUUCGAUCCUUUUCAAGCCUCUUCCGAACGAGCACGAUGUCCAUGCCACGACCAUAAGAACGAUGGCAUGGUUUUCAGCGGCGGUGUCUUCAGGAACGCCUAUCGUGUUCGUUAAUAUUCAAACCGAACAAAUCGUUCCCUUGGAAAAAUGUAAUUCUACGAAGAUUCCAACACAGAUUGUUCAUGGGAUAAGGUUAUGGUUUUUGCCAGGAACAGCAGAAAUCCCAAUCCAAAUGACACCUCAACCAACAGAAAACAGACUUGGCAUAGACGUCAAAAGAACUGAGGAGGGUUUCAUGUGCCUUUACGCAGUGACCAAGGGUUCGGCUGCGGAUCGUGCCGGUCUGGGACGAUUGUUCGAAAAUGCAACUGAAACGGGGCACCUAGUGGUGAUAUCGCGGUUAGAAGGCAAGACUGUGAUGCCCACAAUGGUUAGCUCAGAUGGGUUAUUACACUGUUGUGAUCAUGGUGAUAUAAGGGAUGCUCUUGUUGGAGCUAUGGAUCAAUUGGAUACCAUUCGUCUUCACAUCAUGUCUUGGCCUACGACCACUCUGAGUACGCAACCGGUUGGUGUUGCUUCCCUCAGACCUCCAAUGUAA